AUGCUCUUCGACAUCUCGAGCUUUUAUGUUGUGAGCCUUGCUUUGGCUCUGCACCACUCUUUGUUGCAAGUACAUGGCGACAUUUCCGUCGUGCAGCAACACUUGCGCGAGGGAGGGCCCUGGUCGCGUGUCUACGCCGCUGCCAUGGGCUUGUUCCGCAUCCUUCGCUACCAGCAAGACCAGUCCGAAAAUCUGGAUCACGAGCUCCUGGCGAUUGUUCUCUUUGUUCUGAGCACUGCACGCCAUCUGGGCCCGGAUGACGACGCUGUCAUGGUCGAUGUCGAUGCGAGCUUGGUUCCCGUAGCGCUGCCUCCGAUGGUUUCCAUUCCGAACGCGAUGUCUUUCAAAGAGAAGUUGAUCCUUGAUGCAGGAGCCUGCUGGAGGGAUGCAGCAGUGGAACUUCGUGAUUGGCUGUCUUCGGCUCUAGACGUGCUGAGCCGAGAGGAGAGCACCCUCGCUCGACCGGCCGUUUCCCGAGACAUGUGGAUGUCCGUGAGGGACUUGGAUGAUCCCAUCGAGGAUCAUGCUGAGGGGCCUCCUCUCGAACACGUUCCGGUUCCUCAGCCUUGUCUUCAAGAACGUCCGCCUCCGCGCGCUCGUCAGGCUCCAUGCUAG